AAUUGGCGAUGACAGCGAAAUUUGGCGCAAAAUACUGCUGUUGGUUUUUGGGAGGUUCGGCGUAAAGCACACAACAAGCAAUACAGUUUCAAUUCGUUGCUUUCGUUUUCGUUUGUGAAUAAACAGAAACUAGAAGAAAAAACCGCCUCCCCACGCAUGAUGGAAACGGUGCGUGAAAUCGCAGCAUGGACGCCGGAGUACUUGAUCGCGAACGAGCCGGCCUGCCUGGAGCGGCUGUCGGCCGACGAGGCGCUCUGGUCCACGAUACCCCUGCUCAACUGUACCGAGCUGGCCCACCUGCCGGACGGGUGCUUGGUGCGGUUCCGCGGCAUGCUGCAGGACAUGCAGGACCCGGAGUGCUACCUGGAGCGGUACGCCGUGCGCAGCAAGUCGGACGGUACGGUCGUGCGGCAGCAGAAUGGCAAGUAUCGCGACCUGCUGGUGUUUAACGCGGCGUCCGAAACGGUCGACACGGGCUGCACCGGCGACGGCAGCACGUUCGGCGAGCGGCGGUCACUGUUCGUUGUUACCGUGCCGGGCCAGAAUCCGUGGGCGGCAGGGUACGAGAAGGAGCAGGAGGCGGCCGGAGUACGCCCCACUGGCUGGAAGCACGGUGAGCAAAUGCCAAGUGCGACCGCCAAACGCUCCCACGAGGACGACACGGAGAUGGAGGUGGAUGGAACGACGACGACAACAACUGUACCGGGCGAUUGUAAUGGAAACAAAAAACGAACAGCAAGCGAUGGUGGUGAUGGUACCGCACCGGCGGCUUCCUCCAACGGGACGGCCGUACUGUCCGCCGACUAUCUGCUCAACUCGCCCAUCGCUAACCGACCCGGCAAGGCGUGCCUGGUGAAGCUGUACAGCAACUACGACGACUGGGCCCUCAACACCGUCCUCGAGGUGGCCGGCUUCCUGUCCGUCGAUCCGGCCCUGGACGGUAGCGGGGACAGCACGGGUCUGGACGAGUUCGUGGACGACGUGUCCGAGCAUCAGGCAACGCAUCCACCGCCGUCGUUGAUACCGCGCCUGCACGCCAUCAGUGUGCGGAAGCUGCCCCACACGAACCCACUGCUACUGCGGGGACUGCCGAGCAGUGACGCCUGCGCCGAAACAACGUACAAGGACCUGCACAACCUGCUCACCCAGUGCCUGUUCGGGGACGGCGUCGCGGCCGACUAUCUGCUCUGCCAUCUCGUCUCGUCCGUGUACAUCCGGGACGAGGUAGAGUGUAGGGGACAGUUUUGCCUGAACCUCAGCAACAUCCCGGCGGAAGUGCUGCCCGGCUACACGCGCUCGCUGUACGAGCUGCUCGAGCUGCUGCUUCCCGCCAGCCACUAUCUGCCGAUGACGCUCGACAACAUGAACACGCUACAGUUUGCGCCCCAAAAAGACUACAAAACGAACAAGCUCACGAGCGGCAUCUUGCAGCUGGCGCCCCACACCCAUCUGGUGCUGGACGAGACGCGGCUGGAGGCGGGCAAACUGGAAUCCGCAGGCGUCGAGGCGGUCAAGCACGUGGCGCACCUAAUUAAGGCCCAGCGGCUCAAGUACGACUUUCAGUUCUAUCAGCUCGAUUUCAACACCGACGUACCGGUGCUGGUGCUAAGCGAGGGGAAAAGCAUGCUGCCGAGCAACUGCUACCUGCCGAUCGUACCGGACCUGGACGCGAUCAAGCUGAUCGACGAAACGAUUAAAGCCGGCCGGCACUACGUCGCCCCGAAGCUGGACGGUAUGCGCCGCUUCCUCACCGGGGCCCGGGUGCGCCCGUUCGACAUGAAAACGCUCGACCCGACCGUCGUACAGGACGAUUUCGUGCGGAUGCGCACCGAGAACAGUGCGGUCACGAUGGACGAUCUGCACGCGCUGUUCGUGCUAGCGCGCCUGCUCGGCCUGAGCCGCGGGCGGACCGCGCUGCACCGGGACGACUGGGAGCGGGCGAAGGUGCUGGAGGGCGAGCGGCGCAACCGGAUGGAGCUGUUUAGCAAGCGGAAAAGUGAGCCGUGAAUCAUUGGACCGGGGAGGAGUGGAUGGGUGCCUUAACUUAUUGCUUUUAUGGUGUACGCGCGCGCUACGCUCUUUGGUUUUGUGUUUCGUCAAUUAGUUUUAAAAUAUUUUUUUGUAAAAAAUGGUAUUUUUCUUCUAAAAGGAAA